CGCGGCUUUGCUCUCUCCCUGACCACCACAAUAGUCUUCUGUAUGAAGUCGUCAGUCCCUCCAGUAUCUAUCUCUGCGACAAACAAUAUAUCCGAUACCCAAGGCGCGACCCAGUCGACACUUAUGCAAGCAGAGAACCCGACCGAGACAAACUCCAUCGCCGAACUGAAGAAGGGGAAAGUCGUAUUCAAACAGAGGCCGAUGUCCUUGGAGAAGCACUCAGAGACUCUUCAAGAGAUUGUCAAAUUUCGUGAUAUGUUGGAGUUCCGUAAAUCUCAACGCUUACUUCCUUUGGACACGGUUUCCGAAGAGUAUAAAGCAGUGCUUGUCAAGUUGGUGUGCGAGAGUGACAAAACCCUACCUGCCAUAUCCAAACAUAUCCACCAGGAGCUUCUACCAGCUGAGGAGGAAGAGGAGGGCGGUUCUGGUUCACCACCCUUGACACUAAGCGCAGUGGAGAAUGGCAUUCAAUCCGUGGCCGUUCGCACGAACUACGGUUUGAAUGGUCCCGCUGGUGCGAAAGCGCCGAAUGCCGUCUGUGUUUGGAGAUGGGAAAUCAAGCCAGCGUAUGUUGAAUACCUACCAAAAAACGCGCGAGAGAAGGCAGCAGCGCGACUGGCGGAAAGAGAGCAGGCUAAGAUUCGACUGCGGGCCAUCUUCGAUUCGCUACCCAAAAGCGAGCAAGACGCCCUCCUUGACCCCAAAGGGACCAAGACCCAGCUAAAGGAGGCUGUCGCUUCGGGCUCAAGUGACAUCGUGCACAUCGAAGCUGAUUUCAAGACCCCGACUCAAGCCUCAAAAAAGACAAAAGAGAACGAAGAAAACGAUUCAACGACUGUGGCCUCGAAGGUUGGCAAGCCGAAGAAGAUUGCUGACCCCGAGAAGUUGGCCAAGGAAAGGGCGAAGCAGGAGAAGAAAGCCGCAAAAGUGGAACGAGAACAGAAGGAAAAGGACGCGCAAACUAAAUCGCGUUCUUUGAUGCAAAACUUCUUCAAGACAUCUGCUCGUCCCCAGCCUACAAAAGACGCGGAUGCUAGCGUGGCCUCGACGUCUGUUUCAGAGUUUGACCGCACGUUCAAGGCAUUCGUGAUUAAGAAGGAGACUGCACUCGCUCCCGUGAAUCGAUUCACGGAGGCGCGAAAGCGGAACACAGCGCGGCUCACUUAUGAUGGCGAUGUGAUCAUUGUAGAGGACGAAGACGACACUGCUGUUCCAGAAAAGGAGCUGCAACGACUGAGUACUUCAGAGCGAUUACGAACCUCGCUCCGGGAUUUGAUAUCAAAUCCGUGCUACAAGCCUGCCCGGAGACGGCGAUCGUCCUUGAAGACUGAACACAUCGUCCGUGUCAGUGACAUGAUGGAGCAAGUGAAUGAAGCCGAAGUCUCUGGGGAAGUGAACCUGGUCAGAUCUUUGUUGUCGACUUUAUCGGACCGGGCCAUGGUCCCAGCCAAGGUUUUAGUGUUUGCAGAUGAUGCCCGACCUGGGUACUUUGGGACAUGGACACGAAACUCUCGGCUCAUUGGGCCUCGAACGCCCCUGGCUCAAGAUGUCGCGGUUUUCGACUACGGAUAUGACAGCGGAGAGGAGUGGGAAGAAGAACCUGUUGGUGAUGCAGACGAUGUGGUCGAGGACGGGGACGAUGAGGAUCUCGAUGCUGAGGAUGCAGACUCAGAUCUCGACAGCUGGUUGGCUGAUGACGACGAAGACCAGAUAAUUGAAGAGCGAGGAACGUCGCCUAUGUUUCAUAACCAGAAACCGGCUAAACGCAGGGCCGAUGACACUGGAGAGAAGACUGCGAAGAAAAGGAAACUCGUUGCAGCCUUGAAAGCGUUCGCCAAAGGCCCGCUAUGGGAGCAAGAGCUUGGCCAGUGCGCCAGUGAAAUCUUCAAUCCUUAUCGAAUCCAAAUACUGAAUGAUGCUCCGGAGUUCCCUAUUGAUCCUUUCAGCCUCAUUUCUCCAUCCGCCGCUGAUGCUACGGACGACGGCUUCGCGAUUCCUUUAUUACCAGAUCGUCUGAAGGAUUUGCAAAUAGGCACAUCUGCCAAGCGCUCAAUGCCCGCGCCCAAGACAUCAUUCCCUGAAGCGCAUUUGGCAUUCCUUCUGGAAAGGAUAUCCAGGAUACAAACUGGCAGCUUCCCCAUCCUCAUCGAUACCAUCUAUCAGGAUUUACGACAACAUAAAGUCAAGAAAAACUCGAUCGAGGCCAAGGUCCGAGAAGUCGCAGAGAAGUGCAAGGUCAACAAGAUCUGGGUGCUUAAAGAUGGCUUGCGAGCCAGUGCCGCUGCUGCACAAUAAUACAUCCUCAGUCGUUAUCUUACAGACACAUAGCCAAGUCUUUAUGAACUGGCCGCUUUCCAAAGUUGCUCCGCGUACUCAAAGUCUGUUCUCCCCUCCGAGAAAUCUACUAUAUGAAUGUCGCCUUCCGAAGAGCCUGCAAAUCGUUCGACCAAUACACAGUAUGUGGAGAGACGCAAAUGACUCACGAACGAGCAUCUUUUUGAGUCCGCCACUCUUGUCGGUGACAGGCUGAAACCCCAGUCUCUUGUAGAUCUGCAGUCGGAGUCUGCCCAGAACAUGUUCAGAGAGUCUACAAACAGUUGAGGGAUGCUCACGCAGCACCAUCCAGCUCUUUCUCGUGUUCUGCGGCUGGAUCGUAGUACUCUAAUCGCCGGGCUUUGUCUUUGAGCGAAGCAAGCUCUCCCUCCUUGCUGGCGACCAAACCCUCUGCUUCCUGAAUAGAUUUCGCCAAGGAAAGGCUGGAUUCGUCGAGUUCAUUCAAUGUGGCGGCGUGCAUCUCUGCGGUGGGAACUGUGGAUGGUCGAGUCGCCGAGACACGAGCGGCCUCGACGAUCUUGGAGAGUGCUUGUUGAUCAUGAGCGAAAGAGUCCAAGCGUGCAAAGGAGCAUAGCGAAACCUUUCAAAUUCGAAUGCAACUCCUCUAGCUCCUUUCGCCUAUUAGAUUCGGUAAGCGCGAUAGUUUCUUCGGUUGAAACUAGGCCAAGGUAGUCCUCGUCUGGCACCACGAGAGCCCUGACUUCCCGCAGUUGUUGUCUUCGAGGGGAUGAGUAUUGUUCCACAGUGCAUGGAUAGAGGAGCUGACAUAGCUUCUUCCACUGAGAUCGACAUCGAGGCGCGUCGUAGUGGUAGUUGCGCGAAAGUUGGUGUCUGGCACGUGCCAUCGUGACUGAUCGUGGGUUUGUGACUGACUUACUUCGGACAGACUUUGACCUUGCCGUUGCGGUUAAUGGAGGCUCUCCUCGAUUUCUCCAAAGACUUCGAUGUCUCCCUCAUGGACAGGGUCACCAUGUCUUUUUAUAAGAGUACCGGACAAGAGCAACAACUAGCUCAGCAAGUCCUCACUCAAUUCCAAGACAGCCCAGAUGCUUGGACUAGGGUGCCGGAUAUAUUAGAGCGCUCCACAUUUCCUCAAGCCAAGUACAUCGGUCUCCAGAUCCUAGAAAAGCUGAUCACAACACGGUGGAAGAGUCUUCCGGAGGGUCAAAGACAAGGCAUCCGGAACUUCAUCGUCGGCGUAACGGUUAAGGUGGCCUCUGAUGAAGCGACUAUGCGGAAGGAAAAGACAUACGUGGACAAGUUGGAUCUGACGCUGGUGCAAAUCUUGAAACAAGAAUGGCCCCAUAACUGGCCGAACUUCAUCACCGAACUGGUCGAAUCGUCCAAGACCAAUCUCACGCUAUGCGAAAACAACAUGAUUAUCUUGAAGCUAUUGUCCGAAGAGAUAUUCGACUUCUCGGCAGAACAAAUGACGCAGACCAAGAUCAAGAAUCUGAAAAACCAGAUGUGUGGAGAGUUCUCCGAGAUCUUCAAACUGUGCUCGGAUGUGCUUGGGGAGGCUCAGAAGACGUCCCUAAUCAAAGCGACGUUGGAGACUUUGCUGCGAUUUCUCAAUUGGAUCCCCUUGGGCUAUAUCUUUGAGACUAGCAUCAUCGAUCUUCUCUUAAAUCGAUUUCUUGAAACCUCAGACUUCCGCAACGUAACAUUGAAAUGUCUUGCCGAAAUCGCCGCGCUCAACGUUGGGCCAGAAUACGACCCGAAAUUUGUCAUCUUGUUCCAGAUGGUCAUGACGUCCGUCAAUCGAAUGGUACCUCCGAGCACCGAUAUCGCCGAAGCCUAUGCAAACGCCGGUGACUCCGGCCAGGAACUCGUUCUCAACCUUUCUUUAUUUCUGUCCAACUUUCUGUGCACGCAUUUGCGUGCAGUGGAAUCGGACGCGACGCGAGACGUGCUGCUCAACGCCCAUCUGUAUAUGGUCAAAGUGUCGCAGGUUGAGGAACGUGAGGUCUUCAAAAUCUGUGUCGAGUACUGGGUCAAGCUGGUUUCCGAGCUCUAUGAAGAAAUCCAGAGCAUGCCGAUGGGAGAGUCGGGCUUGCUGAUGGGGUUGAGUCUGGGCGGAGCGGGUGGACCUCCUGUUCUCGGGGGCAUGUCCUUGCGCAAAAAUAUUUACAGCGAGGUUCUCUCCAACCUCCGCCUAGUUGUGAUAGAGCGUAUGGUCAAGCCAGAAGAGGUGUUGAUUGUUGAGAACGACGAAGGCGAGAUCGUGCGUGAAUUCAUGAAAGAGAGCGACACGAUCGUACUCUACAAGUCCAUGCGCGAGCUGCUUGUCUACUUGACUCAUCUCGAUGUCAAUGACACCGAGAGCAUCCUGACGGAGAAGCUCGCGAAGCAGGUCGACGGGUCAGAGUGGUCGUGGAACAACCUGAACACGCUCUGUUGGGCAAUUGGGUCGAUCUCAGGGGCUAUGAACGAAGAGCAAGAGAAACGGUUCCUGGUGACUGUCAUCAAGGAUCUGCUCGGCCUGUGCGAAGUCAAGCGCGGCAAGGAUAACAAGGCUGUGGUUGCCUCGGACAUCAUGUACAUUGUUGGCCAAUACCCUCGAUUCCUCAAGGCCCAUUGGAAGUUCCUCAAGACGGUGGUCAACAAGCUGUUCGAGUUCAUGCAUGAAACACACGAGGGUGUCCAAGAUAUGGCUUGCGACACGUUCAUCAAAAUCGCGCAGAGAUGUCGACGACACUUUGUUAUGCUCCAGUCGGGCGAAACAGAGCCUUUCGUAGAUGAGAUUCUACGAAUGCUGCAUCGGAUUACUGUCGACCUCUCACCGCAACAGGUCCAUACCUUCUAUGAGGCCGUCGGAUGGAUGAUUGCCGCCCAACCGAACAAAGUGCAGCAGGAAAAGCUGAUCGGGAGUCUCAUGGAGCUGCCCAACAACGCCUGGGACUCGCUCAUGGGCCAAGCGGCACAGAACAUGGACGUCCUGGCGAACAUUGAUAACAUCAAGAUUCUGUCCAAUGUUCUCAAGACUAACGUUUCAGCUUGCACGUCAAUCGGGAGCUUCUAUCUCCCCCAGAUUGGCCGCAUCUUCUUGGACAUGCUAGGCCUGUACAAAGCUGUAAGUGGGAUAGUCAGUGAAACCAUUGCCAAAGAAGGAGCAUUGGCGACCAAGACACCAAAAAUAAGACAACUCCGGACGGUCAAGAAGGAGAUCUUGAAGCUUAUGGAGACAUACAUCAAGAAAGCAGAAGAUCUCGAGGCUGUCAACGCCAACUUCAUUCCACCGCUGCUCGACGCCAUUCUUGGCGACUACGGUCGAAAUGUUCCUCAAGCCCGCGAUGCGGAAGUUUUGAAUGUGAUGGCAACUAUUACGACGCGACUGGGCUCCCUCCUCACACCUCAAGUCCCGCCUGUCAUCGAUGCUGUUCUGGAGCCAACGCUGGACAUGAUCACCAAAGACUUUACUGAGUUCCCGGAGCAUCGAGGAGGGAUCUACAAGCUGUUGCGAUCGGUGAACGCCAACUGCUUCCCAGCACUUUUGACCAUGACCCCUGUUCGUUUCAAACUAUUCAUGGAUAGUAUCAUCUGGGCCAUCAAGCAUACAAUGCGAGACAUCGCAGACCUCGGUCUGACCUUGUGUCUAGAAGUGAUCAACAACUUUGCCAUGGCCGAUCAAGCAGUGGCCAACGCGUUCUUCCAUCAAUAUUUCCUCACUGUGGUGCAGGAUAUCUUCUAUGUCCUCACUGACACCGAUCAUAAGAGCGGCUUCAAGCUCCAGAGCGUAGUUCUUGCUCGGAUGUUCCAGCUUGUGGAAACAAACGCUAUCCAGACUCCGUUGUUCGAACCCACCCAAGUCUCGGAUCCGAACACGACAAACGCAAUGUUCCUUCGCCAGUUCUGUUCCGAUCUGUUACAUAACGCAUUCCCUCAUGUCAACAAGGCACAAGUGCAACGAUUUGUCUCGCAACUGGGAGAAUUCAAUGACGAUCCCAACCGAUUCAAGCUGGCGCUACGGGACUUCCUUAUCCAGCUGAAGGAGUUCUCCGGCGACAAUGCGGAGCUGUAUCUGGAUGAGCGAGAGGCAGAAACGCAGCGGAAAGUGGAUCAAGAGCAUCAAUUAGCAAUGCGGAUUCCAGGAAUGCUCAAGCCUUCUCAGCUAGAGGACCGGGACGAGGACAUAUGAUCACGGACAGACCCUCCUUGACUUUAUUCGCUUUCGUUUUUUCAUGUAAACCUAUGUAUGUAGUACUACAGCUCAACAAUUAAUGCAAAAUACUGUACACUAGUACCAGACUCCACAUGUCACACCGGUGUGUCACAUCUUCUCCUGGUCUGCACCAUGUUCAAAAAAUUUUCACCAUCGACAGAUAUUGCCGGAAACACACCAGUGAAAUCUUCCGUGCAAAGGUCCAUUCGAUCUGGCGUGCUUGCGCAAUGGAAGAUCGAGCCCGAGACGCUGGAGGCCAUCUGGCCCAAGAAGGAGGGACUGGUUCACGUGAAAUGCAGAGAACACAUAUCCAUCUUCACCGUGCACAACGAGCCUCUCUUCUUCCAACACUUCGACGGUCCGUUCUACCCGACCCUGCGACUGCUGCAUAAAUAUCCGUUUAUCUUACCAAUGGUACGAAUAGACCGUGGUGCGAUUCGGUUCCUAUUGGCGGGGGCACACAUGAUGUGCCCAGGAAUGACAUCCGCGGGUGGCUAUCUACCACCGGAUGAUGAAGCGUAUCCUGCUGAGAGCGCAGUUGCUAUCUAUGCAGAAGGGAAGGAACACGCGGUGGGUGUCGGCAUCACGAAACUUGGCACCGCAGAGAUGCGCAAGGUCAACAAGGGCGUGGGUGUCGAGACUGUCACGUACCUGGGAGACGAUCUCUGGUCUCUACAAAGUCUUUGAGUGCUGCUGCCUUGCUGUGCAAUUAGGAUUACGUAACCAUAUAUUCACUUGUACUCGCUCAUGACCAGCGACGGUUUCAAGUAUUCGGACUUCAAGCAGGUGUCCAAAAAGAAGCGCAAAAACAGGCCUGCGCAUGACCGGCCAUCUCUGCUGUCUCAGAUCCAAAGCGUUAUCGCGGAUUGGGCCGAGAACGACUGGCUUUCCGACUGUCAAACGUUGCUCCGCGAGCAUCUGGAGACGCGAUCUCCGAAGAAAGUUCUCUGUCUAGGGCUCGGCAGUCUCUCUUCGCCCAACUCUCGAGCGCAGCUGGCCUUUUUGCUUGAGAUCUGCAAGACCGCGGCAAUUGUGCGUACAGGCUAUUAAUGUGCACCUGGUGGUCAUCAAUCCCUGCCAGGAACACGCAGACGUCUCUGUGUAUGAUCCCGUUUUCACGGAGGAGGACAAAGCUGUGUUUGGGGCCCUCGGGAUGAUCGUGGCGACGGAGAAUCAGGAGGGCCGAUAUCGACUCGCGGAUCCGACCAUUCUUUGGAUGCCGCACUGUGAUCUUGACCUGUACGAAAACGUGGUUGCAACUAAUUGGUCGCGCGAGCAUUUAUCCCGCUUGAUCCUGAUCGGGAACCGCCUCGGCGAUUACAUUGAGAGCCAUCCCCAGAAGAAACUGGAAACGAGAGCGCCCCAUAUUUUGCGACUGGAUAAGCAUCUUGAAUGCAGACUGUUACCCGAAUCUCCUGCGUGGAAAACGGCCUUCAACAACACGGCAAUCCAAUAUCUGCCGACAUCUUCCGAAAUCCGGUUUUUGGAAGCAGACGGGCUGGCGGAUGAAAAUUCGGCGGCAUACGGAGCUAAGUAGCAAAAAAAUCUAGCACUGGGAGGAGAAGCGAGGAGAACUAGAGGGCACGGAAUCAAAUGGAGAGAACAGGUCAAACUCGUCGUCGUCGUCCAGCUCAGUGUAUAUAUACGGUGUAGUCUGUCGCAAGCGACUUUCUUCGGGGAGGGGAAUGGAAGCAGGAUCGAGGGUCAGCGACGAUAGCGACUGCCCCGGUGUCAAUGGAGCAUCCGACUCGUCGUCCGAGGUAUCCUCAAUGGCGUCUGGAACCGGCAGCUCGUCCAGUUCGUCAACGUCGU